AUGGAGAAAACUGCCACAGUCACCGAGGAUGCAUCACAAGCAGCACCGAGUGGAGGCCCAAAGGCCUCGACCGUGGCUUUUCUCACCGUUGCUCUUUGUUUAGGCAUCUUCUGUGUUUCCUUGGACGUCACUAUCAUCGCGACGGCUAUCCCGCGCAUUACGGACCAAUUCGGCUCACUAGAGGACGUUGGCUGGUAUGGCAGCUCCUAUCUUCUCACAAACUGCGCUACAACUCUGGCCUUUGGCAAGCUCUAUACCUACUACUCCACCAAAUCGGUCUAUCUCUCAGCUCUGGGUCUGUUCGAGAUCGGGUCCGCCGUCUGUGGCGCGACACCUACCUCUCUUGGUCUCAUUCUGGGCCGAUGUCUGGCCGGCUUGGGUGGUGGAGGUCUCUUCUCUGGGAGCUUACUGAUCAUCACUCAAGUGGUGCCACUGCAUCGCCGUCCCAUUUUUACGGCAUUGCUGGGGGGUAUGUUUGGAAUUGCCAGCGUCAUUGGUCCUCUCCUCGGCGGCGCUUUCACCGAUCACGUCUCGUGGCGAUGGUGCUUCUACAUUAAUCUCCCCAUUGGUGCCAUCACAGCCAUCUUUGUUUUCUUUCUCUUCGACGCCCCCAAGCCGGCUCAGGCCCGACCAAACCUCCGUGAUCUGCUGGGAAAGCUCGAUCCAAUCGGAACUAUCCUUUUCUUACCAGCCAUUGUCUGCCUGUUGUUGGCCCUCCAGUGGGGAGGUAAUCAGUAUGCGUGGGGCAAUUAUCGCAUCAUCGUCCUGUUUGCCGUGUCCGGUGCUCUACUGGUCGCAUUCUUGGGUUGUCAAAUCUGGUCGGGAGAUAAUGCCACUCUGCCGCCACGAAUUAUGCGGAAUCGCAAUAUUUGGUCCUCGGCCUGGUUUGCCCUCACGCUCAACGGGGCGUAUAUGGUCUUUAUCUACUACCUUCCCAUUUGGUUUCAAGCAGUCAAAUCCGCCUCAGCGACCAAGUCUGGCAUCAUGAUCAUCCCGAUUGUCUUAGCCGUCGUGAUUGUCUCCAUUCUCAGUGGCGCCGCUGUCACGGCAUUUGGGUAUUAUAACCCCCUCAUGAUCCUAGCGCCGCUGGUCCUCGUGGUCGGCGCAGGACUUCUGACUACCUUGGAGCCCAACUCGGGCAGUGCAAAAUGGAUCGGCUAUCAAAUUCUUGUGGGCACCGGCGCUGGUCUAGGGCAGCAACUUCCAUUCAUGGUGGUGCAGACGGUGCUCCCUAUCGGCGACGUGCCUAUCGGUACUGCUGUGCUCACGUUCUGUCAAACCCUGGGAGGCGCGAUUUUUAUUUCGGUCGCCCAGACUGUCUUCACCAACAAGUUGACGAGCAAUCUGCGUGCCCAGAACCCGUCCGUCAAUGUGACCGAUGUUCCUGGUGUAGGUGGAGCCUCCCUUCCAAGCAAAUUCUCAGGGGAUCAGCUGGGUAGUGUCUUGGAAUCCUACAGCUCUGCGGUCACACACACUUUCUAUGUGGGAGUCGCGCUAGCGGCUCUCACGGUAUUUGGUACCGUGGCCUUGGAAUGGAAAUGUGUGAAGAAUAAUGACAAGCCAUCGGUUGUUCACGGCGAAAAUAGAGACAGUGAUUGCAUGUCUCUACGGGAAAGGAAUUUCUAG